UCACCAAUUAUUUCGAUAUAAAUAAUAAUAAAUUUCAUAAAAUUAAAAGACUAUCUAAAAUAUAGAAAAAUUAAUAGCAAAUCAUAUUCUAAUAAAAUGGCUAAGAGACAAAGAAGAGAAGACUACACCAUCGAAGUUAUGAGAAGGGAGCACUGCCCUGAGGUAGCUAAGCUCAUCUACAAAGAAUUCACCAAGCACAACCCUGUUUGGAAAAAAUUCUAAUCCACCCCUGAAUAGGUCAUCCCUAUUAUCUUAGAAAGAAUCGAAUGCACUGCCGAUUCUGAAACUUCUUCAGUUUUAUUCUGCGACAACAAGCUUGUUGCUGUAUAAAUCAUUAUUGACUAUGUUGAUUUCCUUAACCCUAAGACUAAGGGAAAAGAUCUCCCUGAAAUGUUCUAAGUUAUUGGAAAGGCUCACGCUUAAUUGUUCGACGGUCUCCUUAACUACAAGGUUGAAAGAAAUAAAGUUUGCAUUUUCUCCUACCAAUGUGUUGAUGAAGAAUACAAUGGUUGUGGUUUCUAUGGAGCUCUUAACAUGCAAGCUGCCAGAAUUAUUGGUCUUGGUUAUGAAAUCUCAUUUGCAAUCACCACUAACCCCCUUAUCGUUGGUAAGGUAUAAGAAAACUAAGGUUCAAGCCAACUCAGAAGCAUCUAAUUCACUGAAAAAGACCACCCUCUCUAUGGAACUGAAAUGCAAUUGAUCCAAAUCGCUGGUCCUGAAGUUGAAGUCCAACCCAAGCUUUGA